AUGCUUGAAGAACGAGGUCAGCGACUUCAACACGUCCAGCUGCAAGUUCCGUUUUGGAUACGCGCUCACCAAAUCAGGCACCACGCCGAAAACCGUCGAAAUACCCUGACUUUCCGCAGCUCUGAUGAUCUGUUCGCCGAUCUUUGGAUCCACCUCCUCGGUAGCACUCAGGCCAAAAAUGACAAAAUCAGCCACUUUCACGCUGUCCAGAACAUCAAUGAGACUGUUCAUUUGCGGUAUUAUUAUGUUCAAGCUUGUUUUGAACCGUUGCACCUUCAAUUUGGUCACACCAAAACUUUCUUUAAUCUGCAACCCUGGCUCGUUCACAGAUCCAAGCAACAUGUUGGCGAUGUCGGUUCCGGAAACGUUACUGGUGAGCGGAAUCACAGUGACAAUCCGCUCCACAUUUCCGUGGUCGAAAACAGACCGCUCCUCAAGUGA